AUGAUCGCAGUUGAGGACCUUCGCAACCCAUGGAAGUCCACUUAUCCCGCUAUCGCUCUCCAAGGAAGAACACUAAGCACAUCUGCACUCUACAACGCGCAGCUGGCCAAAGCGGCUUUCAAUCUGAGCAACCUCACCAACGACGCGAAUAAUAUGCGAUCACAGGGGUUACGAUACUAUGGACGAGCAUUAGAGGACUUACGGAAAAGCUUCGUGUCUCCCGAGUGCGACUACGAAAGCCGUGUUGCCUCCUUGAUGACAUUGGUCAUGGCAGAGGCUGUAUAUGCGGGCAAAAGCAGUUCCUGGCGAGUCCACUUUAAAGCACUCUCCUAUUUCUGUCGACAACAUAUACAAGAGCAGCCGUGGAACCAAUCACAUGACGCCUGGGUGAUCACGCAGAGCUUCUUACAUACAAACAUAAUCGGAAGAACAGCCACUGUUCCGGGCACGUCGAACCUCGGUGGUUUUGAUCACCGGGAAAUUUUCGAGUCAGUUGCUGCACAUGGUAUGUUUGGAUUCACUGCUGGCAACACGCGGUCUAUCAUCAAUAACAUCCUCGAGAUCCAGCUUCUUGGGGAAAGGCUGGCUCGAGGUGUUGUUGAUGAUUUCAACAAUCAAGUUAUUUCCUUGAUCCAAGCAGUACAAGACCCACUGAACAAAGAAGAUACAGUAUGCAGGGAUUAUCUCCCUGUUGAGGACUCAGUUAGUGAACAGUCCUUUUGCAAGAUCAAGCACCUGUCUUGGCUGCAUUUGCGAAUGUUCAAGGCUGCAAGUUUCAUAUACUUGCACCGAACGGUUUUCAAUGCACGGCCAGUGGCGUUGGCUCGUCAUGUGUCAGCAGUGUUGGAGGCCGCAAUGGAAUAUAUUAAAAUAGAUGGAGGCACGGUUUCGGUGUGGCCGGUCUUCAUAGCAGCUGUGGAGGCCUACACGGUGAUGGAUCUAGCCAUGGCCGCAGAAUGGCUGGACUUUGCUAUGAAACAAGGAAUAGGCAAUCGAUUCAAGAUAAAAACCUUGGUGGAGACGGUAUGGCGACAGCGGGACAAGUAUGCACGUGAGAACGAUUCCUCGGCGGCCUCAACGCAUCCAUCAGAUCCCAACGAUAGCUACGUCCAGAGGAGCACUCGUUCUGCGAACUGCGAUGUAUCUAUGCGAGACAACUAG